ACGGAGAAAACCUUUGGUGAAAUUCUGUGGGAAAUAGGGAGCUGAAUAAACUUUCGCUGUAGAUGUAGUAAUGCUAAAGAUGUUUACGUUUGUGGUUUUGUGUGGCAGUCUGUUUUACGACAGGGCAGCUUUUUGAGGGAAAUAGGGUUUUCUGCUUUGAAAGUGAUGGCAGCACGCAAGGCAUUCGUUCUCAGCUCUGCACGGCCUUCGGCCAGCCAGAGUUUCUGUCUCGCUCCGCGGGGCUGACACUCGAUCCGGUCCUGUGUUCCUGUGCAGAUGCACGAGUUCGACUCCUGGAAGCGAGGGCGGGUCGGGAGAGGUGCCCGGCUCACAAGGAGGAGACGAGCCUUCCUGCCAUCUGUGCUUCGCCUUGCCGCCGCGGCCGGAGAACUGUCCGUGUGCCUCCCCUCCCCGUUCCUCCCCCGGUUCACUCCCCGUUUCGCCCAGAGGAGCAGCCCGUGCGUGUGUGACAGGGCUGGAGCGCGUCUGUUCCCACUUUCCCACCAGGGGGGAUUGUUGUCAAGGCAUGAUUGGCUGCAAGGGCUGCAACAGCUGUAUGGAGACUUGAGCUACAGCGCAGCGUUUCUUGGCUGAAGCCGGAGCGGAGCUGCUUGGUAGUAGCCAGUGAACCAGUUUGCCUGCUAUUUCUGUUCCGCCAUCGUGGAGGGAGCAGUUGAAUUGCCUUCCAGUGGAAUUCUUUCGCAGCUGUUACACUGGUUGACCCUUUCUUGCCUUUCUGGAUUGGAACCGGGUGGAAAUGGGACUGUGUGCAUGUAGGGGAAACUGAAAGCAGCGCGAGAGAGAGAGAGAGAAAGAGAGGAGCUCACAAAGGAAAGCAGAGGCUGCACUGUGAUCUCUUGCGGCAGGGGAUAAGAGGGUUGCCUUCUGAAACAGGAGAGGCAGGGCUGUUCUAAAAAUUGUGCAGCCUUGUAUGUAAAUAUUGCCGGUGCUGCACGGAGGCUGGGAUCCGAGCCAAAGGUUGAGGGAGCCCGAGGGGGGUGUUUUACAUUAAAAUGCAAAGCCUGACAGGAUCAGCGCGUCUAACACAAGACAGCUCCCUGAUUAGCAGGGGACUGGGUGGCUGACUCGCUUCCUGCCGUCUCCGUGAGCGGGGAGCCUUUCAGGAAAAGGAGCCGCGGAGGAAGCCGAGUGGUGGGAGACCCGGCUGGCUGAGUGGAGCCCAGCGCCUUCUCCCUCUCCCAGCCCCGUGCUCCCCGCGCCUGCAGGACUGAGAGGACAGAGGCGGCGUCUGUGGACUAACUUGAAAGGAGAGGUGUGUGCGUGCGAGUCGUGGUGGGGGGGUAGGAGGAGGAGGAGGAGGAGGAGGGGGGCUGCUGAAAAGGGCGAACGGAGAAGACGCUCCGCCGUGGCUCUCGGACUUCAUUAGGAUCUGGGUCUCGCAGGAACAAAUUGCUUCCAGGACCUUUGCGGCCGCUGUGUUUUUCUGUGGCACCCUCUCGCCCUGUCUCGCACACACGCGGGCGCGCGCCGGCUCGUUCACGCAGCCACGCACACGCAGACGCACACUCGCACGAGGAGCAGCAGCUGCAGAACGGUUAAAUGGAGAUUGCCUUCCUGAUUAAUGCAUCCUUUGCUCAGCGGGCUUCGUUGGUUCUUUGAUUGGAUUCUGAUAGGCGAAGAAGAAAGAGGAUCUGUUUUUUCCCCCCACCCCACCCCCCCACUGUGGCUGUUUUUUCUCCCCCACUCGUUUUUUCCCUCCUCCUCCCCCUUUGCUGUAUCAACAGCGAAGCCUCAUCCUUGAUCCCAAGGCGGCGGAGAUUGACGCUGCCUCUCUUCAGCAGCCUGCAGAGCCUGGUUUCAGGUCAAAACCGAAAGGCCGUGGGUUUUCUCAUUUGUUUGGGCCUUUUGUGUUCACCGCUCACAGUUGGCUAAGCGCUCCCGUGCUGAAUCGAGCUAUUGUUUGAAUCCCAGCACUUUUCUUGCUGCAAAUCUCUGGCUUCCCCAACCAACCAACCCCCCCCCCCCUCCACUAUUCACCAACCCCCCCCAUCGGCUGAGAAGCGACAUUAUGUGCCUCUCCUGCACAUGAAUCUGGAAACUAUAAGCCGGACUGAUUGCAAAUGAAGUGUAAUGCAUUGUGGGACGUGUGUAAAAUUGGAUCAGUUGAGGAAGAGGAAGGGGACCCAAAGUCGGCUCUGUCUGGAUCGAAGGCAGCUGCAGCACCAGGGGCAGUAGCGUGUCGGUAGUAUUUGUGAGCGUGUGUGUGGUGUGUGUAUGCGCGCGCGUCUGCGUGCGUGUGUGUAUGUGCGCGAGAGAGAGCCGGUUCCAUUUCUCCCCACCAUGCCUCCGUUCUGAUAUUCCAGGGCACACACAGGGCAAAACUGUGGGGCCCGGCUGAUGCCGCGGAGGGAUUAAUCUGCAGGUAACCCCCCGCGCUGCCACGCACAAUGAAGAAGACGAGGAGCACAACCCUGCGCCGGGCCUGGCCUAGCUCGGAUUUCUCCGACCGGGCCUCGGACCGCAUGAGGUCCCGCAGCGAGAAGGACUACCGUGUGCACAAACACUUUCCGCCUGCUUUCAUCUCCCAGGCCGCUCGAGGAUAUAUGACAUCAGGUGAUGUGUCGCCCAUCAGCAUGUCUCCGAUCAGCCAGUCACAGUUCAUCCCGCUGGGGGAGAUCCUUUGCUUGGCCAUCUCGGCUAUGAACUCGGCACGCAAGCCUGUCACCCAGGAGGCGCUGAUGGAGCACCUGGCCACCUGCUUUCCAGGCGUUCCAACGCCAAGCCCUGAAAUUCUGCGCCAUACUCUCAACAUGCUUGUCCGGGAGAGGAAGAUCUACCCCACCCCUGAGGGUUACUUCAUUGUUACCCCACAGACCUAUUUUAUAACCCCCUCCCUUAUUCGGACCAAUAGUAAAUGGUAUCACCUGGACGAGAGGAUACCCGACCGACCGCAGCAAUGUACUUCCCCCCAGUCCGGGACCAUCACCCCUUCCGCCUCGGGCUGCGUGAGGGAACGAGCCCACCACAAAAACCACUGCGACUCCUACAACUGCUACCGGGACGACAUGCACAGCCUCCACGCCUCCACCCUCCAGAGGAAGUCCCCGAAGGACCUCAAAGAUCCCUACUGCCCCCCUUCCCUCUACCAAGCGGCCGCCACAGAGAAGAGCAAGAGCACGGUGAACUUCUCCUACAAGGCGGACACCCUGACCAAGCACAAGGAAGGGGGCAGCGGCGGGGAGAAGCAGCCGAAGAAGUUCGGGCUGAAGCUGUUCAGGCUGAGCUUCAAGAAGGACAAGACGAAACACCUGGCCACCUUCUCGGCGCAGUUCCCCCCGGAGGAAUGGCCCCUGAGGGACGAGGACACGCCGACGACGAUCCCCAGGGAGGUGGAGAUGGAGAUCAUCCGGCGCAUCAACCCCGACCUGACGGUGGAGAACGUCAUGAGGCACACGGCGCUGAUGAAGAGGCUGGAGGAGGAGAAGGCCCAGAGGAGCAAAGCGGGCUCCUCGGCCCAGCACAGCGCGAGAAGCAAGAGGAGCAGGGGCCACAGGAAAAGCCAUGGGAAGUCCCGGUCUCACAGUAAGACUCGGGCAUCCAAGGGGGACCCCUCGGAGGGCUCUCAUCUUGACCUCGCCGGCGAGCGCGAUUACGACUUCUACAGCUCCUCCCUCGUCCGGUCGCCGCGCGACGGGACGUUCUCGGCGGCGCACAACGGGGGGAACUUCGUCUUGCACAGUAACCCCAGUGUCGUGGAGUCCCACUUCCCGGUCACCCCCGAGUGGGACGUGUCCGGGGAGCUUGCCAAAAGGAGGACAGAGAUGCCCUUCCCAGAACCCUCCAGGGGGACCUCUCACUCCAAGGUGCACCGCAGCCACAGCCACACGCAGGACAGGAAGUCCCGCAAUGAGAGGUCUGGCAAGGCCAAGGAGAGGUCCCGCUCGAUGGACAACUCGAAGGGCCCGCUUGGGGCUGCCUCUGUUGGAACAGCAGAGGACUUUGAAGGCUGCAGCCCCGAUGACAGGGGACAGGGCCGCUACUAUGUGGACGAUGGGACACUGAGGCCCUCUCAGACGCACCACUAUCAAAGAAUCUUGCUUUCUGCUGCUAACUUUAAUGCUGAAGUCUGCGUGCCUGACGUGGGGAAGGGGGGUUUUGACGACUCCAAGGUCUGCAGCCCACUGGAACCGAACAGAACGAGAGACAGUUUGUCGUCCUUUAGUGAGCUGAAACCUUGCUCGCCCAAGCCCACAGCAGAUGAUUACUUUCAGUGCAAUACAUCAAAUGAAACCGUCCUGACGGCUCCCUCCCCGCUAGUAAAAAACGAUCAUGAUACUUUAACGUUGUCAGACGGUGUCAAAAAGGUAUCGCCAGGUGACCGGCAGACCCCACUCCUCAACAGGGAUUCCUGUGAGUAUAAAGAGGAUGCUACUAAGGGGCAGAAUGGCAUCAGUGUGCCGGCACCAAGCCCGACGCCAGAACCAAUACCAAAUGGACGCUUGAUACACCAACACAAUGCUGACCCUUGCAGCGCUGACAAAAGAAAAGAAAUAUUUAGCAAGGACACUUUGUUUAAGCCUCCUCACAACCCACUGGCGGUUGGUUACGUAGAGAACCCCUACCAGAAAUCAGGCACGUUGCGGAAAGCCCAACACGGGAAAUCGGCGGAGGUCCUCGGCGGCUGCGAACACUUCGAGCAGCCGGGCCUGCUCUCGGGCUCGCCGGGCCCGUCGGCGCCGCAGGGCCCGGACCAGUCCUCCGGGGCGGAGGCCGCGUUCGACUACUACAACGUGUCGGACGACGACUCGGACGAGGGGGCGCACAAGAACGCGGAGGAGGAGAAGAGCCGGGAGGGCAGCGGGACGAUGCAGUGGCUGCUGGAGCGGGAGAAGGAGAGGGAUUUGCAGCGCAAGUUCGAGAAGAACCUCACCCUCCUCAGCCCGAAGGAAAGCGAGAAUAAUAACAGCCAAAAAUCUGCCCACUCCGCCCGCCUCGACAGUAUGGACAGCAGCAGCAUUACGGUAGACAGUGGAUUUAACUCUCCACGCACUCGAGAGAGUCUGGCCUCCAACACCUCCAGCAUUGUCGAAAGCAACAGGCGUCAGAACCCAGCUUUAAGCCCAGGCCAUGUGGGAAUGAGCAGCACUCCGUCCUUCAGCUUCCGAACAGCUGCAGACACCCCCGCCGCCGAACCCGAGAAACUGCAAAAACCAUCAAACUGCUUAGCUUCCAUUACCAGUGUUUGAAAGCCAUCCGCUGUCAAGGGUUCUCUCUUAAACCAUAAACCGCACCGGGACUGUUAGAAUUGGGCCAUAAAAGAGGGAUCGAUUCCAGACUGUCUAAAUGGAUGUGAGAUGUACAGCAUAUGUAAAACUUUAAAAACAAAAACCUAAAGCUGAUUGUGGUUGCUGACUUGAAAAGUAGCAAAAUAAAAAGCUAGAUGGAAGCUUUUUCCCCCCUUAAAAAAGGCUCUUCAUUCCCUUCAUCUGAGCUGACCAUAAAAAUGAAAGUGCAGCUUUUUCAUAUUUCUCGCUCACUAUGGGCCAGUAAUUUGUUUGCCUACAGACAGCAUGUCAUUUUCAUUCACGUACAGGACCGUGUUUUGAUUGUUUGUGACCUUGACGUUUUAAGUUCCGUUUUUUUUUUCCUGUUCUUGGAGAAUCUCAGGUCACGGGUGGUUAUACUCUUAACACAUGCUUUUUUUUUUUUCUUUGCCUCGUGUCACUAUUCAGGGUUUGCAACAGUUCACCAGAUGGGUCUGUGACCAACACAGGCGCACUCUUCUGAAGCGCUGAUACAGGUGCUCCUUGGUGUCGCUGUAUGGCAACACAACAACAGGCAGCAGACGCAAAGUUCCAGAUCUGUAUACAUCAACGAAAGUCAAAAUUACUACUAGGGGCAAAUACAUUUACGGGUCUGCUUAAUGUUACUAGAAACAGUCCAGCUGCUGCUGCUAAGAUUUUCUGCGUCUUUUGGUCUACAUCCGGUCGAGCGAACUGCCUUUGAGGAACUUGUGUUUACAGGGGAAUCUGGUCUUUUUGGCGCCAUGUUUAUUUGUAAAGGGAUAGCGGAAGAACAGGGAAGGCUGUGGGUUCAAAACCAGCAAAUAUGAAGGAUUCCUCUUCCACGCAGCUAGUUUUUCCUCUGCUAACUCGGUGGGGUUUUUCUCCACCACCCCCCUCCUGUCGUCUGCUUGUCCCAUUCUUUCUUUUUUUCUUUUUUUUUUUUCUUUCCGUCGGCCCACUAGCCCAAAUGACAACUGGGUGUCCAACCACGGGACACGUGGACACAGCUCCUCUCAAGGACCAGCUGGGGAGGAGCGCCUCUUGUCUGCCUGCUGCUUGUACAGCUGGAGCAGGCCGCUCCCCCACAGGAGGCCUCGUUUGAUUCCAUCUUCCAGGGGAGGGGGAUUGAUUGAUUAAAGCAAAUGGCAUGUCAUGAACUGAGCCCUUCCUGUCACCCUCACCCCCCCCACCCCACCCCAGGCAGGCACAGGACUGCCACCAGUCUCAAGAAAAAGGCCCAGUGCCCUCUUCGUUUCUGACAAUCGCAGCUGCCCAGGCAGCAUUUGUUUCUAACAAGGUGACUGAAUUGACGUUUUUCAGGUGCUAAAACUCACAGUGUUAAAAUUUACGGUAGUAUCUCCUGUAGGCGGUUAUCGUGUGCAGGAACUGCAGCUGGCAUGGAAAUGUUUUAAACCCCCCGUUGCUCUUUGAGCCAGACUCCACGCAAUCCCCCUUUGGAUGAAAUGACCAUAUGGUGUUUUUGUGUUAUAUAGUACAUACACACAUGCAUAACUACCUCCACAGCGUUCGUGACCGCAAGAAGAUGAAACUUAAAAGCUUAGAUUCUUUAUAAGACAAUAUCACGCUGUUUUCUGUGAAUGUUGUUGUACAGUCAUGGAUCUUUUUCAAGAGGACUAACUGAGAUUCAGUUUUUAAUGAAGUGCUGUAGUUAACCAGUUUCUCUGUUCCCAGCCAUGUUUGAUCUGCUUUGGGCUCUUAAAUUUGUAUUUUGAGUCCCACUGAAUAAUAAACUCCAGAUUUAUCAUUUUGCUUUGCUUACAUCUUCUGUCCCUUUGUAAAGGUGGAUUUAGAGCUGAAAUGCAAAGGUUGCUCUCCACCUGCUGGACACUGGACUUGGACAAUCCUCUUGUUUCACACCUGAAGCCGUGACCCAUCUUAGAUCUUCCCUUAAACUUGGUUUGGGACUUUUCUGCUGUUUGGGUUUUCUGUAAUAAAAAACAACUUGCCUCUGGACUGUUAUCCAACACACCUAUUGUCAGACCAUCAGGGUUUAGCAUCAUUGAAUAGUUGUACUUAAAAUGGGAUUGAAAACAAAAUUCUUCUCUUACGUUAAUAAUGCCUUGCCUUUGCUCAGAAAUAGGUCUGAUAAAUCUGCUUCUGUUUCAUUCUAAAUAAAAAGGUGGUUGUUGUAGAAUAUUAAAGCAAUUGUCUAAAAACUAUGUUCACCAGCCUAGGUUGUCAAAAAUAGACUAAUGUAUGCACACACAGACCCAAACUUCCCGACUAAAGGUUGCAACUUGCAAGAUGUUUCAAAAGGAAUUUGUUUUAAAAAUGGUAAAACUGUGAAAUUUAAUUGCAAGUAUGGGUGUACUGCAUUUUAACAAAACAUAAUAAUGUAAAACUAAAAUUGUAUUGCAUAUGUUGAAAUAGUUUGUUUUAGUAGAGAAACAACAAUGCUAAUACUUUCUCAGUGAGUUUGUGAAACAUUUCCAUAUUGGUAAACCCUUUAUAGGUUUUUUUUUUCCUGUCGGGCAUUACAGAUUUUUUUUUUUAAUGAAUUCUAAAUUAGAAACUUGAAAUGAGGCUUUGUGCUGUCAGACAAGCUUAAUAAAAUGACAAUGAUUGACCACAUCAGUGAUUCUUUAAAAUGGAACGUAGGAAAAGUUUUAAUUGCUGUCAGUAUCGGAGUUCGUUAAACCUGCUGAGGCCAGAAGUGCAGUGAGUCAGAACCCGCACUUUGUGAAUUUUUCCACUUUCAAGACCCAGACAGCACUGCACUUCUGUUUCUGUCUGAAAUCUGUUUGCGCCAUUGUUAUGUUUUCAUUAUUCUUCAAUCAAUGUGAAAGCAUAAUCAAAAUCUGAGAGCCAGCUCGGAGAAAGAGGUCUUUUCUGAGGAUGAAUUUAACGGUUGCACUUCGUGUACCACUUCAAAAUGUUGUUUUUUGUUUUCCUUUGAAAGUCAGAAGGGAGUACUGCAGCCGAGCCUGCCUUGUAUAAACACGUUUGCACUGAAUUGCCUGGUUCCUGGUAGCUGUAAAGCCCAUCCAGAAGGAUGCUCUGUUUAUACUGUAUAAUAUUUCAUAUGAAAUAAUGACAGUCCAUGAAAUGUCUUCCCUUAACAUUACUGAUUUCUAACAGCGUACUAUAACAUUGUUUUUAAUUGUGACAGUGUAUCAUACUGUAAAUGAUGUUUAUCUGUCAUGCUUAGUAUAAUAACUUAAGAGAAAUGAGGGAUUUUUUUUGUAAUGUCUAUAAUAUUUGAAAGUCCCUUUUGUGUAGUAAUAUGGUGUUUACUGUUGUAGUGUAUGUGAUAUACCCUUUGGGGAUUGUGUUAACUUUUUAAGACAAUAAAAUAACGUUUGGUUA